UGGCAGCAAGACAUGAGGCUGAAGACGUGGGGGAAGGAGGAAAGGGAAAUGAAAGAAGAGCCACAACAAGGAAAAUGUCAUGCUCCUGGAAAUGAAACUUCAAGAUGCUGGGACUCCCCCUCAGAACCCUAGGGACUGACUCAGCACACAUUGAUCAAAUGCUAGAGACUAUUCAUUUAGGACUAGAGUGGCAUUAGCUUUUCCUACAGCCAUCCUCACCUGCUUGAUACCCUUGGAUUUUUUUGUUUGUUUGUUUGUUUGUUUGGCUUUUGUCCACAGCUCUUGGGGUCCCCAGCCUCUCUCUUGAGCAGGACUGGAUUUUCUUUAAAUAAGAAAGCUGGUGCCCAAGAUUGUUUUCCACCUUAAGGAUAAAACCUGUUAAGAAAGGAUCUCAAUAUCGCUAGAAGAUCAGUUCUCUGAGCUUGCUAGGACUCUACUGGUUAUACAGGAACACCACAGAACUUAUUGCAAUCUGAAGAUAAAAGAAAGUCUUUUUUGUGUUUUGCCUCUUGGGCAAAUAGCCUGAACAAUCACAAAAAAGGAAGAAAAGGAGACUUGGCCAACUGGUAUCGGGAGUCUUAACAAGGUCAUAGUUUGCCAGCCCCUGCCUUAAACAAAUAAUUCUUGAAUGCCUACUAUGGUGUGUAAAAUAUGAGUAAAUACCAGAGAUACAUAGAGAACAAAAGAGAAAAACUGCUAUUCUUGUGAAACUUGGAAGUUGGAGAAUGACAAUUCUAGGUACAACUUUUGGCAUGGUUUUUUCUUUACUUCAAGUCGUUUCUGGAGAAAGUGGCUAUGCUCAAAAUGGAGACUUGGAAGACGCAGAACUGGAUGACUACUCAUUCUCAUGCUAUAGCCAGUUGGAAGUUAAUGGAUCGCAGCACUCACUGACCUGUGCUUUUGAGGACCCAGAUGUCAACACCACCAAUCUGGAAUUUGAAAUAUGUGGGGCCCUGGUGGAGGUAAAGUGCCUGAAUUUCAGGAAACUACAAGAGAUAUAUUUCAUCGAGACAAAGAAAUUUUUGCUGAUUGGAAAGAGCAAUAUAUGUGUGAAGGCUGGAGAAAAGAGUCUAACCUGCAAAAAAAUAGACCUAACCACUAUAGUUAAACCUGAGGUUCCUUUUGACCUGAGUGUCACCUAUCGUGAAGGAGCUAAUGACUUUGUGGUGACAUUUAAUACAUCACACUUGCAAAAGAAGUAUGUAAAAGUUUUAAUGCACGAUGUAGCUUACCGCCAGGAAAAGGAUGAAAACAAGUGGGUGCAUGUGAAUUUAUCCAGCACAAAGCUGACACUCCUGCAGAGAAAGCUCCAACCGGCAGCAAUGUAUGAGAUUAAAGUUCGAUCCAUCCCUGAUCACUAUUUUAAAGGCUUCUGGAGCGAAUGGAGUCCAAGUUACUACUUCAGAACUCCAGAGAUCAAUAAUAGCUCAGGGGAGACGGAUCCUAUCUUACUAACCAUCAGCAUUUUGAGUUUUUUCUCUGUUGCCCUGUUGGUCAUCUUGGCCUGUGUGUUAUGGAAAAAAAGGAUUAAGCCUAUCGUAUGGCCCAGUCUCCCUGAUCAUAAGAAGACUCUGGAACAUCUUUGUAAGAAACCAAGAAAGAAUUUAAAUGUGAGUUUCAAUCCUGAAAGUUUCCUGGACUGCCAGAUUCAUAGGGUGGAUGACAUUCAAGCUAGAGAUGAAGUGGAAGGUUUUCUGCAAGAUACGUUUCCUCAGCAACUAGAAGAAUCUGAGAAGCAGAGGCUUGGAGGGGAUGUGCAGAGCCCCAACUGCCCAUCUGGGGAUGUAGUCAUCACCCCAGAAAGUUUUGGAAGAGAUUCAUCCCUCACAUGCCUGCCUGGGAAUGUCAGUGCAUGUGAUAUCCCUAUUCUCUCCUCUUCCAGGUCCCUAGACUGCAAGGAGAGUGGCAAUAAUGGGCCUCAUGUGUACCAGGACCUCCUGCUUAGCCUUGGGACUACAAACAGCACCCUUCCCCCUCCAUUUUCUCUCCAAUCCGGAAUCCUGACAUUGAACCCAGUUGCUCAGGGUCAGCCCAUUCUUACUUCCCUGGGAUCAAAUCAAGAAGAAGCAUAUGUCACCAUGUCCAGCUUCUACCAAAACCAGUGAAGCGUAAGAAACCCAGACUGAACUUACCGUGAGCGACAAAGAUGAUUUAAAGGGGAAGUCUAGAGUUCCUAGUCUCCCUCACAGCACAGAGAAGACAAACUUAGCAAAACUCCACUACACAGUCUGCAGGAUUCUGAAACAUUGCUUUGACCACUCUUCCUGAGUUCAGUGGCACUCAACAGUUUAGACCAAACCUAGGUCUCUGAUACCUUAUUCACAGAGGUUCUUUGAAGUAUUUAUUGUUAUUUUCUUUGACUUAUGGGAAAAUUGGGACACAAGAAGACAGGUAAAUUACCCAACUUCACACGUUAAGUCAGAACUGGGAGCCGUAAUUUUGUAUCACUCGUGUAAAAUGAGGCAAGAGCAUGCUGCUUCUAUCAUGUGGAUUUGGUCACAAGGUUUAAGGUGACCCAGUGAUUCAGCUUUUUUUUAAAAAAAAAAAAAGAGGAAAGAAUGAAAGAGUAAAGGAAAUGAUUGAGGACUGAGGAAGGCAGGAAGAGAGCAUGAGGGGAAAGAAAGAAAGAAAAAUAAAAAAUGAUAGUUGCCAUUAUUAGGAUUUAAUAUAUAUCCAGUGCUUUGCAAGUGCUCUGCACACCUUGUCUCACUCCAUCCUGACAAUAAUCCUGGGAGGUGUGUGCAAUUACUAUGACUACUCUCUUUUUUAUAGAUCAUUAAAUUCAGAACUAAGGAGUUAAGUAACUUGUCCAAGUUGUUCACACAGUGAAGGGUGUGGCCAAGAUACAAUGGCUGGGAAUCUAACUGCAGUUCCCUGAGCCGUGUGCCUUUCUCUUCACUGAGGACUGCCCCAUUCUUGAGUGCCAAACCUCACUAGUAACAGGGUGUGCCUCGAUAAUUUAUGAUCCAAACUGAGUCAGUUUGGAAAGUGAAAGGGGAACUUACAUAUAAUCCCUCCAGGACAAUGAGCAGAAACUAGGACUGCCCCCAGACAAAUGUGAACAUAUAUAAGGUCAAUUAAAUUAAAAUGGCUAUGAGAAAGAAAGAGGGGGAGAAACGGUCUUGCGGGUGUGAAGUCCCAUGACCAGCCAUAUCAAGAGAAGGUAAAGAAGACAAGAAAAAGCCUUUGAUUUGAUUUCAUUUUUCUGAAAAUAAACUCAAGAGGGAAUAAAUUAGAAACUCACAAUUUCUCUUGUUUGUUACCAAGACUGUGAUUCUCUUGCUGCUACCACCCAACUGCAUCCGUCCAUGAUCUCAGAGGAACCUGUCGCUGACCCUGGACACGGGUACGUUUGAUGAGUGAGAGGAGGCAUGACCCCUCCUAUGUGUAUAGACACUACCCCAACCUACAUUCAUCCCCAAAUUGUCCCAAGUUCUCCAGCAAUAGAUGCUGCCACAAACUUCAGAGAGAAAGAGUUACAAGUACAUGCAACAAGUGAACUGACUGUGGCUACAUUCUUGAAGAUAUACAGAAGAGACGUAUUAUUAAUGCUUGACAUUUAUCAUCUUGCCUUUCUUGGUCUAGAUUGACUUCUAAUGACUAGCUCAAAGUCAAGGCAACUGAGUAAUGUCAGCUCAGGGAAGUGCAGCAAACCCCUGUCCCGCAGGCCUCCAAACCCUGGCUGUGCACAGACCACAAAGGGCAAAUGCUGCACAGAAAACUAGAGAAGGGGUCAUAGGUCCAGGGUUUUGUUUGAGAUUUGUUGUUACUGUUUUUCUGUUUUGAAUUUUCUUCUUUGUUCUGUUUUUACUUUAUUUAGGGGGACUAGGUGUUUCUGAUCUUUUAGUUUUCUUGUUUGUUUUGUUUUGUGUUGUCUGUGAAUGGGGUUUUAACUGUGGAUGAAUGGGCCUUAUCUGUUGACUUAAAGGACUGGUAAAAUCAGACCAUCUUGUUUUUCAGGUGAAUAUUUUACUUUCUGAAGUACUCUCCUCUGCACCAGCAGUAAUAAAUACAAUGCCAUAAUCCCUUAGGUUUCCUAGUGCUUUUGCAAUUUUCAAAGCACUUCCAUAAGCAUUCCUUCCACCUCCUUGAUAGGCAUUUAUGGAAAGCCUGCUACAUGUCAAUCAUACUGUUAGGCACAGGGGACCUAAAGACAAAUAAAAGCAUGGCAUUCUGCCUCAUAAAUUGCAAAACGUAAUGAAAGUGACAGCUUGGUAAACAAAUUAUUAUUAUAUUAUAAAAUGCUAUAAAAGAGCCAUAUUGAAAGUGCCCUGUUAGAGGCAGGGCAAAUGCCACAAAAAAAUGAUGUAAAUUUACAUGGAGGAAAAGUAGAAUCUUCCUGGUUUGUAGGCAGCAGAACACAUUUUUCGUCAGUGGGCAGGUGAUCUUUACCUUUUGUAGAAAUGAGAGUCAAGUCUCAAAUAGGAGGCUCCACAAAAUCUCAUGCCAAACCUAGGUCUCUGAUGCCUUAUUCACAGAGGUUCUUUGAAGUAUUUAUUGUUAUCUUCUUUGACUUAUGGGAAAAUGGGGACACAAGAAGACAGGUAAAUUACCCAACCUCACACAUUAAGUCAGAACUGGGAGCCGUAAUUUUGUAUCCCUGGUGUAAAUAGAAAAUCUCUCGAAGAUGAGAUGACCAUAGAGAAACAUUGAGAUAUCUCCAGCUCUAAAAUCCUUUGUCUCAAUGUUGUUUGACAUAUGUUAUCACUGGAAUUUAGUGUCUGAGCAUCUAUCUGUUACUAUAGUAUUUAAAAUGCAUGUAUUAUAAUCGUAUAAUCAUAACUGCUGUUAAUUCUUGAUUAUAUACCUAGGGACAGUGUGUAAUGUAAGAUUACUAAUUGGUUCUGCCCAAUCUCCUUUCAGAAUUUUGUUAGGAAAAAAAUAAACCUCCUGAUCAGAGACAAUGCAUUAAUCAGAAGUGUAAACUGCCAGUUCUAUAUAGCAUGAAAUGAAAAGACAACUAAUUUAGUCCAACAACCAUGACUGGGUCUAGGGCACCCAGGCUAAUUCAGCUGAUUUCCUACCAGCCUUUGCUUCUUCCUUCAAUGUGGUUUCCAUGGGAAUUUGCUUCAGAAAAGCCAAGUAUGGGCUGUUUCGGAGGUGCAUACCUGCAUUUUCUUAGCUCUUCUAGAGGGGCUACGAGACUUCUAGAGGGGCCAGGAAGAAUAUGUGGCAGAACUCCUGGAAAUGAUGCAAAUUAGGUGGGAUUUUUGUCAGCUCCGUGGUUUAUUGUUAGGAUUAUUCUUUAAAAUAUCCAUUGUUCACUACAGUGACGAUCUCUGAUUUGACCAUAUACUAUCCACAUGCAUUACGAACAUUUCGCAGAGCUGCUUAGUGUGUAAGUGUACAAUGUAUGUAACCAUCUCAUAUUUAAUUAAAUACUAUGGAACUCUU